AUGUGCAGAGGCCCGGCUGCAGCAAGCACAGGUCAGUCGGCCCAACCUUCCCUUCCCCGCCCUUCUUCGCCCUUCCCCUCGCUUCUCCGCGCAUCCCCCCAUCCUCUUCCUCUCCAUACGCAGCUGCCCGGCUGCAGCAAGCACAGGUCAGUCGGCCCAACCUUCCCUUCCCCGCCCUUCUUCGCCCUUCCCCUCGCUUCUCCGCGCAUCCCCCCAUCCUCUUCCCCUCCAUGCGCAGCUGUCUGGCUGCAGCAAGCACAGGUGAAUCGCCCAGCCUUCCCCGCCCUUCCCCACUUCCCCGCCCUUCCCCACUUCCCCGCCCUUCCCCACUUCCCCGCCCUUCCCCACUUCCCCGCCCUUCCCCACUUUCCUGCCCUUCCCCACUUCCCCGCCCUUCCCCACUUUCCUGCCCUUCCCCACUCUCCUGCCCUUCCCCACUCUCCUGCCCUUCCCCACUUCCCCGCCCUUCCCCACUUUCCUGCCCUUCCCCACGCGCGUCCCCCCGUCCCCGUCCCCUCCAUGCGCAGUUGCCAGGCUGCAGCAAGCACAGGCGGUCUCUCCGUCUCCGUCGGGCCCUCGGUUUCUGGAAACGUUUACUCAGCCGAUUCGCGGCGUGUCCGAGAUGGUGCUCCAGUGCAGCGACAACUGCAGCAGCUGGAAGAGCAGCGGGAUGAGAAGUUGAUCAACGACGAGCAGCUUCGGGCCGCUGAGCAGGUGGGGGUGCAAGUCGAGAAGCAGAGAAUGCUGGCUGCAGUUGGAGAGUGGAAGCCCCAGGAGAAGGUGGGGAAGGAGUGGCGGCGGAUAUUGCAUAAACGGAGCAGGCCGAAGAAGAGCAAGAAGCAGCAGCAGCUGGCGAAGGCGGCAGAGGAGAAGGCGGCAGAGGAGAAGGCGGCUCAGGAGAAGGCGGCUCAGGAGAAGGCGGCUCAGGAGAAGGCGGCUCAGGAGAAGGCGGCUCAGGAGAAGGCGGCUCAGGAGAAGGCGGCUCAGGAGAAGGCGGCUCAGGAGAAGGCGGCUCAGGAGAAGGCGGCUCAGGAGAAGGCUGCUCAGGAGAAGGCGGCACAUGAGAAGGCGGCGGCUCAGGAGGCGGCGGCUCAGGAGAAGGCGGCGGGACAGGAGAAGGCGGCGGCACAGGAGAAGGCGGCACAGGAGAAGGCGGCACAGGAGAAGGCGGCACAGGAGAAGGCGGCACAGGAGACGGCGGCACGCGAGAACGCGGCACGGGAGAAUGCGGAGGCGAUGCCGGCAACGACGACGCCGGCACAGGCAACGCCGGCAGAUGCGGCGGGGGCGGCGGCACAGGCGGCGGGAGCAGAGAUGGCGAAGCCGGCACAGGAGAAGGGGGCACAGGAGAAGGUGGCAGAGGCGACGCCGGCAGAGGCGACGCCGGCAGAGGCGACGCCGGCAGAGGCGACGCCGGCAGAGGCGACGCAGGCAGAGGCGACGCCGGCAGAGGCGACGCCGGCAGAGGCGGCGCCGGCAGAGGCGGCGCCGGCAGAGGCGGCGCCGGCAGAGGCGACGCCGGCAGAGGCGACGCCGGCAGAGGCGACGCCGGCAGAGGCGACGCCGGCAGAGGCGACGCCGGCAGAGGCGACGCCGGCAGAGGUGACAGCGGCACAGGCGGCGACGGCAGCACAGGAGGCAACGGCAGCACAGGCGGCAACGGCAGCACAGGCAGCGGCGGCGGCACAGGCGGCGGCGGCGGCACAGGCGAAAGGGGCACAGGUGAGCGCGGCAAUGGAGAAGGCGUUACGGGAGAGAGCGGAAAUGGCAAAUGCAGCACGGCAGUAA